AUGGCUAGAUAUAUUCAGUCUUUCUACUACAAAUUGAUUUUAUUUUUAAUUCUUCAAAACACACCAUCCAUUAUGAGCAUGGCUGUUUAUUAUGCAUUUGAUACUCUGCGAUCCAUGCUAUGCGAAUAUGGCUGUAAAUACACUUUUUACAACUGUUUGAUUGUAUCAGUAAAACCUAUCCACUCGCAAAAUAGAAAUGGCCAUUAUAAGAAACUUGAUACUAAUCAAGGUUUAGAUUACAAUCAAAACAAGGUGGAUCAUAUUCGUCGCCAGGAAGAAAUGAGAGAUAUUUUGAAGCAGUGCAAAAAACUACAGGAUAACGUUCGUCAUCUCUCCGACUCAUUUUCUACACCAUCGAUGCGUUAUAUUGACUAUUUGGCAACAGUUCCUCCUCCCAAUCCACUACCACAGCCUGUUUCUUUAGAACCAAGUUGGUCAGAGGUUCUACUAAGUACUCCGCUAUCAAAAACGUUGGAAAAGGACGUAUCAUCAACUCUUCUUGGCGCAUUUUACGUGUUUCCAAACUCUAUGUACCAGCAACAAUCAGAACUAUGUGAAUAUGAAGCAAGACUGGCUCAAAUCAAAGCUGUAGAGGAUGAAAAGAAAGCUAAAUCAGGUAUUUACACUUAUUUGGUUUAUCCAUUUACUUUGAUAAAGACAAAUACAACAUCAAAGCCCAAAAUAGUUUCGCCUCAACUUGCGUUACAACAAGAUGUGUUUAUACCCAAUACGUGGUCAAUGUUUGAUCUUGCUCCAAAAUGGUGGUCCGAUCAUGUUCAGCAAACAAAUCAAGAUUUAGUAGCUACUGUCAACAACAUUGCGGCUCGGUCAGCUCUUUAUCUCAGUAAAUCUAGCAUCUCUUACCACACGUCUGGUUUUUUCCGUCUUAUCCGGUUGCAGCUAGACUAUAUUGAUGAACAGGUCCAACUUUAUUCCAAGAUAUGGACUGUAGUAAAAGUGAUCAUGUCGUUGUUGAUCAAUUGGGCUUUUAUUGUUUUAUAUGGAAUGGUUCGUUUUGCUAUUAUUUAUCAUCGAAGUAGUCAGAAUCUCAAACAAAAUGACAAGUAUUAUAACAAGAAACCAGAAACAGUAUAUGCAGAGCAAAAAUCAAAUGCGGCAAAAGAGGUUAUUACUAUAUGGGUAGGUGGGAUAAUGUUUCAAACAAAAAAGGAGACGUUAGCUGCGGCAAAGGGAUCGGUACUCUCACUAUGGACUCGAAACGAAACCAUAUUUAUUGAUCGCGAUGGCAGACACUUUUACCAUAUUCUUAAUCAUUUACGAGGCGUAGACACGAUCAAUGGAAUUAAAGACCUAAAAGUGCUUGAAGAAAUAUCCAUUGAAGCACAGUACUACAGGCUCCAUGUAUUGAACAAACAUGUACAAAAUCUAAUACAACAACUUUCUUGA